AUGCUCUUUUCAGCUACCACUGCGCUGCUUGGCCUUGCAGCUACUGUCCUCUCUGCACCAGUAAUCGGAAUUCAGAAACGUGCUGUCAUCGCACACGAUGCAGUGGUGGGGUUUGCGGAGACUCUCCCCAGCGGAGUCACGGGCACGUUAUACCUCAAAUACAAGCCGUACUUGAAAAACGACAACGGCUGUGUACCAUUCCCUGCCGUUGAUGCAGCUGGCAAUACCGGCGGUGGCCUCGCUCCCUCAGGCUCCUCCUCAGGGAGUUGCUCCUCCAACACCGGCCAAGUCUACGCUCGAGCGGGGAGCUACAACGGAGCGUACGCGAUCAUGUAUUCGUGGUAUUGGCCCAAGGACUCUCCCUCGGACGGUCUGGGACAUCGUCACGAUUGGGAAAGUAUUGUCGUGUGGAUCUCGGAGGCUUCGACAACUGCGACGCUGCAGGGUGUUGCGGCGAGUGCGCAUGGGGAUUUUGAUACGACGACGACGCCGAAUUUGAUGAGUGGGACGAGUCGGCCUUUGAUUCGGUAUUAUAAUGUUUGGCCUGUGAAUCAUCAGUUGGGCUUUACGAGUACGGUGGGAGGGCAGCAGCCGUUGAUUGCUUGGGAGAGUCUGCCGAGUGCGGCGAGGACGGCGCUGGAGAAUACGGACUUUGGGGACGCGAAUGUGCCGUUCAAAGAUUCCAAUUUUCAGAAUAAUCUGGCCAAGGCUGCUUUGUAG